ACAUGGAGGAAAACAAAUCAGAGGAAGAAAAGUUGAACCGAACACUGACGUAAACAAACCAGGACCAGGACCAGGACCCGGAGACCUACUGGACCCGGGAUCAUGGAGACCUGGAAGAGGGACAUCGUCCGACAGCUGAAGCACCGAGACCGGAACCAGCACGCGAUGUUCCAGGACCUGAUCCGCCUCUACUCUCGGCUGUUGGAGAAAACCAGUUUGACCAAAGGCCUCCUGAGCAGCUCGUCCAGACAUCCGUCCUCCGACAGCAGCAGGUCCAUCUCCUCUCUGGUCCACCAGAACAACCAGCUGAAGAAAACCACUGGAGAGUUGGCCUAUCAGGUGGUGGAGCUGCAGCAGCAGAUUAAAAUCAAAGAAUGUGUCCUGGAGCAGCAGCAUUCCAGGCUGGCGGAGCAGCAGCAGCGGGUGGCAGGGGCCUUUGGCGCUCGGCAGGUCCUGCAGGAUCGGGUGGAGCAGGUUCAGGAGGAGAACGGGGUGCUGAAGAUGAAGUACGACCUCCUACUGGAGCAACAGAAGGGGGCGGAGCAAAACCUCAGAGAGGAGAAUGUACGAGGAGGACACCUGCUGGAGGACAUGAUCCAUCUGAAACAACAGGCCGCCGCCCGCAUGAACAGCCGCAACGAGAGGAAGUCCAGAGCUCGUGAAGCGAACCUGCAGAAGCAACUGCAGAAUGCAACCGGGUCAAAGGUCACCGUCGACAGUUCGUCCAGCGCUCCGACGUCCAGAUCCACGUCUCCAAAGGCUGCGAAUCACAGCAACUCCUCAGACCGAGGACACACCCGCCUCUUCAGGUCGGCGUCCGUCACGUCUCCGAGGAUCCUCACGUCCAUCAAAGGCCUGUUUGACAGGAAGAGGCGGGGCCACUCUGUGUGCAGCGUGGAUGAGGAUCGGAUGUUUCCGGUUGGAAUCUGUCUGUCAGCGCGACUUCCUGUUCGAGCGUUGCAAGUCCUGGACGCCCAUGAGCAAGGCAUCAACACGGUGAAGUUCAGCUCCAGUUCAGACCUGAUGGCGACCGGAGGAACCGACCGACUCAUCAAACUGUGGGAUGUCCGAGCAGGUUUGCUGACCCAUAGAUCGACCCUGGACGGCAGCACCGAGGGCGUCACCUGCGUGGACUUCGACCCCACUGGUCUGAGGAUUUUGGCGGCAUCGUACGAUAAGUCGGCUCUGUUGUGGAGACUGGACGACUCUGUUCCCAAGCUGACUCUGACCGGUCACAGCAGGAAGGUGACGGCGGCGCGGUUCAGCGGUCUACAUCAGGUGGUGACAGGAAGUGCUGAUCGAACCAUCAGACUGUGGGACCUUCAGAGAGCUGCCUGUUUUCAGGUGGUCGAGGUGGCGUCGUACUGCAGCGACCUGAUCUGUUCUGAGAACAGCAUCAUCAGUGGACACUUCGACUCCAAGAUCCGGGUCUGGGACGCCAGGGCGGUCAGCUGCGUCCAGGAGCUUCCUGCUCAGGGGAAAGUCACCUCGUUGGACAUCAGCGCCGAUCACCGCCAGCUGCUCAGCUGUUGCCGUGACGACUGCUUGCAGCUGGUCGACCUGAGGAGGCGGAGCCAGGAGCGCAUGUGUUUCAGAGCCGAUGGAUUUAAAUGCGGCAGCGACAGCACCAAAGCAGUGAUCAGUCCAGAUGGUUGCUUUGUCGCUGCUGGAUCAGCAGAUGGAGCUGUCUACAUCUGGAAUGUCUCCAAAGGGGACCUGGAGACCCGCCUGCCGGACAAACACAGCUCGUCCAUCAGCGCCGUCUCCUGGUCACUGUCUGGAGAAUAUGUCGUCAGCGUGGACAAAAGUAGGCGGGCCAUCCUGUGGAGUGACAUCUGAGCCCUCAAUCCAUGAUGAGGAGGAGGAGCUUACAGGAUUGUGGCAGUAACUGACAUAAAAGGGACCCGCCCUCUGCAGAGGGUUUGUUUUAUUCAUGUUCAAAGGUUUUAAUGUUUUGUUUACACUGUCGUCUGUUUAUUUUUAUUUAUUUUCUCUGUUGCAUUCGUCUGCUGACCUUUGACUUUUCUAACUUGUCGGGAUUCAAAGGGAAAUAUUUAAUAAACAACUUGUGUGGGAAACACU